AUGCCUUCACCACCCAACUCGCGGCCGAUCAAGCCAGCCAAAGACAAUCCCGCCAAAACCCCCCGGAAGAAGCCCUCGAGUAAUCGCAUCUCGGCCGCCUGCGAAGCAUGCAAGAAACGCAAGACGAGAUGCACCGGCGGUCCACCACCCUGCCAACUGUGUGAGACCCUCGGUACCGACUGUGUGAUCGACCUGUCGCUGGAUAUGAGACGCAGGGCCGCCUUCCAGCGCACCUUGGACGAGUCGCGGACUUAUCAAGAUGCCUUGAACAGCUUACUCGAUGGCAUCCGCGACGGCCCUUCGCCGCGCCUCGAAGCCAUGUUCGAGCUCAUCCGCAGCAACGCCUCGAAUCAGGAUAUCGUAAACGCUCUACAUCAAUACUCGAGCCGGACGGAGGAUGAAGACGGCGACGAUACCAUGUCGUCCCAGGUAGACGGGUCUGAAACCCUCCUGGACGCCGGCAAGAGUCCCGCUGAUACCUCCAGUUUGGGGUCGGUUACCUCCGAUUCGGCAAAGGGCAAGGGCCCCCACGCCUCCAUGCCUAUCGCCAGCUUGCUUGCCUCGCUCAAGAAUGCAUCCUCCCAGGAAGGAGAAGCCAUCCUGCACCAUUUCUUAGCACUGCGCUCCGAUGACAGGGUCGGUUUGAACAUCUGGGCGGCCGAGGGACAGAAUCUCUGGGAUGGCGCCGACGGUGUUCGUCUUCCCAGUGUUGCCGAACGCGCCAUGUGGCAUCCGGUACUGCACUUACGGUCGCAAAGCAAUCGUGUAGAAGAGCGCCCACAGUUGCCACCUGCCCCUCGACGUUUCUCCGAAGGAGCCCCCAAGACGGAGCCGGGAGAAGCAAUCGUAUCGGAUUCGCCGUCACCGUUGACUGGCUUGUCGAGACAGUCAUCCCGCUACCCCCGGGUCACCACCGAUCUCCCCAUGAGCGGAUUGACGGUGGCUUCUUCACCUGCUACUCCGUACUUCGAGUUGGUCACGAAUUUUCCAUCUUCUCAGCCGAGAUUGAACGAAUGGGAUUUGUGUGUGGCGCAAGAAGAUCAAGUCACCAGGCUCCGAGUCCCCAGACACCUCAUCCUGCCCUUGGUGAUUCCCGACGAUUCACCCAUGAGCCGCACCUACACAGACUACCUGCACGGGGCGCGGCGAAUGCUUGAGACUGGUGUCCCCGUUUCCGACGUCCUGGGGGCUACAGAAAAGGUGGCUGUCGAUUUGUUCUUCCGCCCUCGUCGGGCAACCGAUAAAUUUGACUGCGCCUCAUGGGCAUGCGAAGUCUCUCGAAGUUUUGACAACGAUGUCUUUGUCCGCCUAGCCUCGGCUUAUUUGCUCACACACAUGAUGCGGUGGCUGCUGGUCCCUACCUUGGAGAAUUACCAGAAACUCCCUGACAUGAUGAAACCGACACCUGCACAAUGCAUGGUCCCGCACAUUGGCGCGAUCGAAACAAUACCAUUGCCUCCGGUUCGGGAUGCUGCAAUCAACAAGUUGCGGGACUGGCUCACGCCUCUGAUCCAGGCGGAAUGGGGCGUGAAUUGGCCUCAUGACCUAGACUUGGCUGUCGAGCAAGACGCCUUGACGGGAGCCACAGUGUUGACCCAGAAAUUCAUCGAUCAUGUGGUCGUCUACGACAAUUGGAGUGUUGGAAGUCGCUUCCUCAUCACGUUUCCCGAGGUGGCAGGCAGAAUCCGGAUCCACGAAUUGGGAUGA